AUUAUUUUUAAGCGCGGAGGUUUUUAUUCGAGUAAAAUUUGUGUGCUUCGGUGCUCAUGAUUUGUUUUUCUGAAUGCAUUUAGUUUUAGCACGUCCGCGAGUCGUAGAUAUCGUCUUGUUUCGUGUAGUGUUACACCGGUUGGUUGAGUUUUUUUUUGUGAAUUAUGGACCGAUAUGUGGUGACCCGGCACUCUAAACGUAGGAGGAGCAAUGAUGGGAUGCUGGCCAGAUGGAAAAGGAAGUAUGUUGGAGGCCUACUGACUAAGCAUUUGUGGCUUAGCACCGGAUACGAUUUAAAUGAUGCCAGUUAUGUAAUCAACAGACGCUAUACAAAGAGCAAGAUGUCACCGGUCUGCCACAACUUCGUACAGAAUGCGUGGAAGAAAGACUUCUGCUCGAACUGUUUCAAAUCACGCGAGGAACACGCCAAGCAGGAAAGGCCGACUGAAGGCAGUAAAUACUUAGUGACUCCAUUCCAGAACAGAGGCACAUUCUUCAAGAAAACUCCUUCCAGUAUCCUUAAAAUACAUCCAAAAAAAAAAGGGAAACGAAAUGUACGAUUCCCUGAAGAGGUGUGUAGUGUUAUAGGAUAUGGGGGCGAUGAUUGGUCGGAUGGUGAAGAAUUCGAAGUUUCAGAAGACAACGAUGACGAGGACACUUUCCCAGACACAGAAGAAGAGAGAGAACUUCACAGAAUAACAAAAUCUAACACUGACUUUAAUACAGUUAAAGCUAACUUACUAGGCGAUUCUCUGACUAAGUCUUACACUUCGUUAUUAUUAGGAAAAGUUCAAACAGAUUCCGAUGGGAAAAAGAAAACACUGAUGGUAUCAGUAACCCCUUUUGGUCAGGACAAUAAUGGUAAAAGUCCAAAUGUCAAAACACAUAUUCGAAAGCCAGCUGUUAUAAAUUUAGCAGAACAAACGGAAGAAUCCUCCAGCUACAAGACAAAUAUAAUACUGUCCACGUACAUGAAAGAAUCGGAAACUAUUAUUACAACAGAUGGCGCGAAACCACCUAAUGGUAUUUUAUGUACUGAAAAAUCGUUGCUAGAAGAAAUAUCGGAAACUUUGCAACAAAAUAGGAUAAGUAAUUCAGAGUCUCAUCUAGUUCAAAACGAAUGUAACAAACCUUCAAUUGUAGAAGGUAAAAUGAAACAAAGUAUGCAAGAUGAUUGCGAAAGAAAAGAAAUGUGUGAAACUAAAAAGAACAGUAUCGUAAGAAAAUCGCCAUUAAACAAAACCCAAGAAAGGCCAAAAGUUAAUCUAAGUCGAUCAGAGUUCAAAUUUUGUAAAAUUAACAUUGAAAAUAGUAGUGUUGAUUCCGCAGUAGGUACUCUUAAUUCCACUGCAAAUAACUCCCUGACUUCUGACGAUGAAAGCUUCAGUGGUCGCGCGGAUUCUGAUAACGAUGAUAGUGGACAUUUCUCUGAAGGUCACAAAAUUGAAGAGACCGUUAAAAUAAAAGUAUAUAAUGAAGAUAAAAAUAUAAAAAUGUCACCUAUCGGACAGUUAAGAAAAGUAGACGGACAAGCAAGUAACGGAUAUUCAACAUUCCAAAGUCCGAUCAUUGACAUGCCAUCAAUAAUACCGAAACAACCGGAAACAAUAUUCUCCGCGGAAGCCAGUCGUGAGUUAGCGGGUGAGCCGGAUGGUAGGGCAGACCCUGACGAUAUGAGCGAAGCACCAGCCCUACCUAGUAGCCCAGUGCCUACUAUGGAUCCGCGUCCAUCAUUUUUGCACGGUAUGAUAACUGAUAUAAUACCUUUGAAACCGGUCCCUCCAGAAAAGCCUAAACUUCCUGUCAAACCAGUUAUGAAACAAAGUAAAAAGAGCGUUACAUCACCACCACAAGUUGUAAUGCAUUUGCAAACAAAAAAAGAGGAGGAAGAAAAUUCAGUUAAAUACUCAAAUGAUCAUACAAAAAGUGAAAUUAACGAAUACCGGUCAGAUUCCGUUUAUUACGCGAAACCAGUGCUCACGAAACAGGACAGCGAUACGUCUUUAAAUAGUUUAUGUAAGCGAAAGGCACCAACACCACCUCUGUCACCUACCGAAGAAUACUGUAGUAAUUUAUACCAAAGAAAUCCAAACGGAUUUAUGAAAUCAGAUUCACCUGUUGUAAGAGAAAUGGAAAAACGGGAACGAGCCGUGAUGUCUUUACCGAAAACAAGAACAUUGGAUGAUGACACCAAAAAGUCAGAAAUUACACCUGAACCGGCUCCCAGAAGAAAUAUUUCUCUAUCCCACGACAAUCUACUUUUGGACGAAAAAAGGAAAGGCAAGAUAAAAUUUUCGAUUAAAAAACUGCUUCGUAUUGGGUCAUCAAAGGAUUUGGAUAAGAAAGAGUUAAGCGUUGCCACAGUCACGAAAGUCGCUGCUAAGAGCGAGGAGAUAUAUGAUUUGACCCCGAAACCUAAGCCGCGUCUCGUCAUCAUUCAUCCUUUGGAUAUCAACGGAUCAAGUGUUGAAGUUGUGAAAUCGAAUUGUGAAAUUUCCGAGAGCUUACGUCGCUUGAGUCAUGAAGAUGUUUCGUCGAUAUACAGUGGGAGUAGCUCAGCAACCGAUGACGCACCUGCGAGGGUAGUCAACAAACCUCCUCCUCCGCCGAGGAUAUCCAGCGAGGAAUAUAAGUCUGCGUCCAGUAUACCCAAACCUGCAAGGCCACCUCCGCCAAAAUCUAUAGCCUUACAAAAGAAACAAAAACAACAAGCUUGGUCUAAUACCGCGAAGCAGGAUGACAAUAUUUAUGCUAAUUUAGGAGAGAUCCGAUCGGCGCUGGCGCCAAGGAAACCAGAACGAACGGCGAGUAUGCGCGAACGUGAGACACAUCUUGAAUUAGUCAAGCGUAGGACUUCACUGGACGACGAUAAAGAUGACGUGGACGAUCCGCAGGAACUCGUGCAAGCCACCAACGACCCUGUGAUACAUAGCUACGACGAUGUUUACAAUAACGGGAAAUAUGACGAGGAAAACUGCGAUUCCGCCAAAAAUAGUGACAGCGACUACGAAUAUGUAAACCACGCGAGAUCUAGCUCCCCAGAAUGCGAUGCGGGCAUCAAAACUAGAGCAGAAGAAAGAACGGAGCGUAAAUCAGAAGAAACUGCCGAAUUUCCGAAAUACAAUUUCAGAUCGUCACUCCCAUACUGCGGCAGCGAGACCGAAUCGGAAAUUUACUCUCCAUACAGUUUCUACAGCUCAGAUAAUAUAGACAGUCCCACAAAUGAUGAUUACCAGAACGAUAUGUCUCCGAAAAAUACCACCAACAAGUUGAGGGUUAGGAAGGGGAGGAGUGUGGUUCACAAGAAUCUCGAGGAUAAUUACGGAGCGGUCGUUAUCGCUAAUCACGAGGCGCUGGCGCAGGUUUUAGAACAGGUCCAACAAAGCGCAGCAAUGCAACCUUCAUUGCGAGGGCUCAAAGCCUGCACCAACCUCCGAUGGAGCGACUUCUCCAUCCAGCAGAACAAGACCUACACAAAAGCCGGCAAGAGAUUCUUCUACCCAGCGCUAUGGAAGUCCAAUCAGGGCCAAGUCAAUGUCACCCUGAUGCUGUAUAAGGAGCAGAUGGUCUCCCAAAUGGUCUGUCAGUCCGUUCAGCCGACCACACUGAGUUUGAAUGCUAUUACCGAGUUCUGUGAUUUGGUCCCUUUACAACAGUUCGGGGAGAAAGGUGAAGAUUUGGUACAAGCCACAAUAGUCGUGUUAGCGCACGCGAACGUCGACACGAUCCAGUCCUACGGAGAGGACCUCCACUCCGAAACUGCGAAAGACAACCAGCCAACCGACCAGAUCCACGAAGCCAUAUUCAUGAUGCUGCAGCUCAUCAACGGGCUGAAGUGUCUCCAAGCCCGAGGAGUGGAGGAGAUUCCGGAGAGCUUGACCUCCUUCAUCGUGUUGAGGGAGGUUCAGCCCACGCACGGGAGCACGAUGAAUCUGCCGUCACCAGACGAUAGACUGAGCUCAUUGUCAGCGCCCAAGACCAACUGCUAUGGACGGCUGUGUAUAUUGCAAGGAUUAACUGACGACAUGAACUGCAGCAAGUCCACAGACGAAGACCUCAGUUCGCUUUGCAAAUGUGCCACGAAAGCCACAGAGAUCCUCCUGCCCAGAGACAAACUAACGCCACUCAUCAAAGAGAUCCUACACGAAGAACGUGCAGUGUCCUUGAACCAAGCGAAAUCAGUCCUGGAAUUCAUGCUAUGGGCACCGUUCGACGUAGUCCAAGGCGUACCAGCCGAAGAGAGGGAAUUAUCACUACAGAGGUGGUUAGACCUCGAACGGGCAACAGUAUUGCACGGCUUAGUAAGAACUAGAGUACAAUUGAAUGUUUUCGAACAGCUACACUUGAUGUUUCUAGUACGCUCCACCGCUAAAGCAAUGUGCGACGCUUCUGUGUUGCUUGAGAAGGCCAAUGUAAUUUAACUUAAGUGUGAGGAGAGCGCCAUACGUAAGAGAGAGAUGCGAAUACUUUAAUUAGUCUAAACGCGCAUGCAAACUAUUAUUGAUAGACCGAUUUGUGUGAAUAAGACAGCACUACGAAUGAAUAAGAUGCCAAUACAUGAUAGCAUUCACGUGAGAAGGUGGGUAAGGUAAGUAGCCUUACCUGCCUUCUACCUCCGUUACCUACUUACGACUUAACUUUCUUUGAGAUUUCACAAAAAUUGUAUAAUUUCGCAAAAUUACAGUUUUUUAACUAAAUUACCCUAAAAAUUUUACUGACUGUUGUAAAACUUUCUUGAAUCUUAACAUCAGUAACUGUUGCCAAAUACAAAUGCUACACCGUAGUAUGGAAGCAACCGAUUGUUGCUCAAAAUAGGUCAACCUAUAAUCGGUCGUUAAAAUCAGCCAUCGGCACGUUUAGACUAAAAAAGGAUCUUAAUUUUCAUUCUUAUUAUAAAUAUUAUCGUAUUAUCAUUUUUAUUAUAAAUAUUUUUUUUCUAAGAUAUUUUGGUCUAGUAGCGAUUCGAGUUAAAUAGACCGUAGACAGUAGAAUUUAUAAUGUUGUUUCCUUAGUUGUCAAAUGUAUGUCCAAACAUUUCUUUAAGCUUUACUCGAAUGAUUUGUAAGUGCGUGUUGAAGUAAAAAUAUAAACCGAUUUGUAUUGACAUACAAAAAUGUAUCAUUAAAUAUUGUCGUAUAAAUUUUAUUAAUAAUUAGUAGUCAAUAUAAAAAUACGGUUUAAAAUCGCACGCACACUUUAUCACGUAAAUAUUUUGUUAUUAUUGUAAGAUUCUAUUUAAAAUGGGCACCAGUAAUAAAAAAUAUUUAAAGAAAUAAAAACAAUCCAAGAAUUGUCGUGCUUUUCACAAUUUAAUUUAUUUUGGCGUUAAAAUUUAAAGACUUUGAAAUGACAAAAUUCUUGCCAAUCGUUGCAUGUAUAAAUUAAAUAUUUUGUUUUAUAACUGACUAAAUUACCUGGUUACGAAGCAUGGCCGAUUAUAAUAAGGCCGAUUUCAGUUACUGAAUCGGUUCAUUCGUCCAAAAUCAAAACAGGUGCCAAUGAAAACUGCUUGCAUAUCUAGAAACCCCACGCCUCCCUCAGUUUAUCAUUGUAAUAGGUAAGAACUUACCCCCGAUUUUACGCUUACAAACGUAGCUUGUUUGUUAGAGUAACGAAAAACUAUUAAGUCAGAGUAAAAUGAAACAAGGAUAUUUAGGUUCAUUUUUCUUUGUCGUUAUAGUUUUUGAAACUACAAAAAGCUGCCACUACAACAGUGGCCCGGAUUAAUAAACCGAUAUUAUUAACACGGGCCUACUACGUUAUAAUCCUGUACACAUUGUA